AUGCCAAUGAAACGGAAGUACGAGUUCCUGCAGGAGGUCUGCAGCGAGGAUGCUGCGAGCAUAUGGGAUCAGACGUGCGGAGACUCUGGUAAGAUGACAGACCUCCUCAGCCAGCGCUUUGUGGACUGCAACACAUGCUCCUCCCAGCAGCAUAUCGACGACGACGACGACGAGGACGAGGAGGAGGAGUCAGGCCGCGAGUACUUCUGCGUGAUCUGCCAGGAGACAGACUUUGACAUGAGCAACAAGGUGAGCUUGACCUGCCGUCACAUGUUCCAUGCCUCUUGCUUCAAGAGGCUGCUUGAGCACGUCCUCCAUGACGAGCAAGAGUCCCUGGUGCCCCCUACCUGCCCUCAUGCCGGAUGCAGCACCAUAGUCGGCUACAACAUCCAAGCUCUGCUCCUCAUCUACGCUGACGAUGAGCAAGCGCAGCGUCUGCUCAAGGCUCACGAUAGCAAGAAGAGCAAGUACGACGCUUGGAAGUUGGGUCACCUGCCCUGCUUGUCCCCUUGCUGCCAGGCCGUCUCGAGGCUGGUGUUGAUUGGACAUGCGGCGAGCGAGGCUACGGUCAAGUGCGACAGCUGCAUGGCCACCUACUGCGCUGCUUGCUCGAUGGCGUCCGGAAGCUUGGUUCCCUCCCACAUUCUCGUCGGCUGCGAGCAGCGAGUCCUGACUGAGGAGGGGUUGCGAGCUCUCGAUCAGGUGUACGAUGCGACGGGUGAUGAGCUGAGACGAAUGAGACUGCGCGACCCUCCCGCAGCGCUCAGACGGUACCCUCGCCCGCCGCCCGCCGCCCGCGACCCUCGCCCGCCCACAGUUGACGGCAGUCAAACGCAUGUGGCGGCAGCAGACACGAGGACGCAGGAGGUCGAGGCGCAAGGGACCGAGCAGGCAAACAGAGGCGCUGAAGCCCAGCAAGACCCCCGGCUGCGAGCACGACUACUUUGGAUGGAUCUGUACAGGGGGGAAGACCGACUGGAGGGCGAGGAACGCCUUGAGCUCCAUGAACACGUGCGCUGGAGGAUGAGGAGAUUUGAGGAGGAAGGCGACUACGUGGACGAGGAGCUGCAGCAGACUAUGCAAGGCAUGCGAGACCGGCUCAGCAGCAUCAAGAGGAGGGAGGAGCUAGAGAUCUCCGCCAUUUCCCGGCAGCUCCAUGCUCGUCCUGCCGACAAGGUCGCCGUCGAACUGCUCGAUGCGCGUCUGCGGAUCGUCGAGCAGAAGCGAGAGCUGUUCGAGAGCACGCGACAGACGCUCGAGGGCAUGAUCCGCAACCCGGCGGUAGAGGACCCGCAGCACCGUGCUCCGCCGGAGGCGACGACGUCGCUGAGCCUUCAAGACAUCCACAGCAUGUGCGAUAAAGCUUUUCUCACCUCCCUGAAGGCGAGGAUUAGCAGGAUCGCCAGCGGCGAAGAGCGCGAGGAGGCCCGAGCAGAGGCUCCCAGUGACCAGGAGGAGAUCGCAAGGACCUCCAAGCCCUGCACCAAGUGCGGGUAUCGCAUCGUCAAGAUGGGAGGAUGCGACCACAUGACGUGCAGGAAGUGCCGGCACGAGUUCUGCUGGAGGUGCCUCAAACCAACGAUCGACCACUUCCACAGCAGCUGUCAGGGGAAGCCAGACCUGCUGUCGUUCUCUGAGGAGCUACAGCCUGCCAUCAAGGACGUCAUCGACAAGUACCGCGGAGUCGAGUCGCCUAUCGAGAGCAGCCUAGUCGAGUACGCGCACAGGCACUUGGCUCCCGGCCAGCCUGUCGACGAGGACAGGAAGAGAGCGGACUCGCAGCGGAUCUCCGCAAUGCUGGAGCGGCGCGAGCCCUUCAUGCUCAGAUACUUCGACCCCCGCGAGGUCAGACGCAGAGCGGAGAUGAGGAGACUGCAGGAUAUGCAGCGGGAGGUUGAGCAAGAGAGGAUCGCCUGCUCCUUUGUGCUCCGUCAAGUCCGCGACAGCAGUCGCAGCCCCAUCAGCAAGGACGCAGCCCUCCGAGUCUGCUCGGACCCCUCCAAGCAGUACCUCAAGUACCGGGCCGCCAAGCGCAGCCUCUUGGACGCGCAGGAGAAGAUGAGGAGGGAGACACGUGAAGCCCCGGUUGACUACGUCGAGCGUCAGCGCCGCAUGAUCGACUGUCAGUGCCACGUCAUCGACGUGGAUCUUGCUCGCCUGGAGAUGCAGAAGCAAGCUUGCGUCCUCAUGGGCAUGGACGUGCCUCCCUGGCUCCUGUCAUGCUCCGAGCGGCUCUCAGAUGCCAAGGAGCAGCAGGCGCAAGACAUCAGCCAGGCUGUCUGCACCAGGACCUUUCUGGACGCUCAUCGAGACUACAUGCUCUCGAGGAUGAGCCAACGUGUAGAGCCGAGAGUCCUAGAAUGGUGA